AUGUUGUUCCCCAUUCCCAAAAUGACCGCCACUCCCACGGAGGGAGAGGUGAAGAUCCCUUUGCUGUUCUUCGUUCAACGCAUUCAACGCCAUGUGUUAAGACUGAUUUACGAGGUCCCCUCCGACGAAGAAGCCAUGACCUUGGUGGAUGAUAACUACAGUUCCGAUGCGUUGUUUGAAUGGAACUCCGAGCGACUGGAUCUAGACGGGUUCAAGAAAUUUGUCCAAGAAUGGCGCGCUCGCUACAUCUUCCUAGACUUCGAGUUUCACGAAGCCGUUGCCACGCCUGAUGUCAACGACAAAGAGGGACGUGGAGGCACGAUCGGCUUCGCGCUGAAGGGGCGCGUUGUGUCCAAAGAUGAUGGGAAAAUGUAUGGAGGGAAGGUUCAUGCUAUCUUCAAGGUUGAAUGGAUUGGAGAUCGUCGGGUCAUCACCAGGAAUGCUCAGGUCUUGCAGGGACCCUACGUGGUUGAGGAUGAAAGAUAA